CAGAGAUAUCUAAAGUCUUCCACAGUCGGUCUCUCUCGGCUAAUUCAGAAGCGGCAACAAUGGAAGGUCUUCCAAAACUUCAGGUUGCCCUAGUUUUCUCCAUUUUACUCAUCUUCCUCUCUUCCUCGAUCUCAUCUUCUUCUCUUCAAGAUAUUCAGAUCGUUAACGCAGAAAGAAGGAUCGAUUUGAGUUCUCAUAUCAUCAGGGUGUACUUAACUUUAAAGGUUGAAAAUACUGGAGCGUCUCCUGCUUCAGAAAUUCUUGUUGCUUUUCCACCUACUCAAGCUGAAAAUAUCGCAACAGUGAAAGGAGCUGCAACCGCAGGUAAACGUAAAAAGAAAACUUAUGUGCCACUUACCGUAACCCCUACAACGCUACCUGAUGCACCAGAUGGAGUUCAGUUCUACUCUGUUGCGCUGCUUAAUCCAUUAAAACCUGGUGAAACUGUCACUGUCGAAGUGCUUUAUGUACUAACACGUUCGUUAGAACCGUUUCCUGAAGAGAUCAGUCAAUCGGAACCACAGUUGGUGUAUUUCCGUGAUAGUGCGAUUAUUUUAUCACCUUAUCAUGUUAAGGAACAGACAACAUUUGUUAAAACUCCAAGCAAUAAGGUUGAAUCUUUUACGAGAGUUGAACCUACUAACCGUGCUGGUGCAGAGAUCAAGUAUGGGCAAUAUGAUAACCGUACUCCUUAUUCAUAUUCUCCAAUACUUGUUCACUUUGAGAAUAACAGUCCAUUUUCGGUUGUUGAGGAACUUGUACGCGAGGUUGAAAUAUCUCACUGGGGAAGCCUACAAAUUACAGAGCACUAUACUCUGGCCCAUGCUGGUGCACGUCAUAAGGGCGUCUUCUCAAGGGUUGAAUAUCAAUCUAGGCCAUCGAUUAGUGGUGUAUCUUCAUUUAAGCAGCUAAUUGCAAGACUACCCCCUCGAGUGCACUCCGUCUACUAUCGCGAUGGGAUUGGGAACAUCUCAACAUCACACCUGCGUACUAGUAAUUCAAAGUCCGAGCUUGAAAUAGAGCCACGUUAUCCAUUGUUUGGAGGAUGGAAUGCCACUUUCGUUAUUGGGUAUGGACUACCAUUGGAGGACUUCCUUUUCGAGUCGGCUGAUGGCAAGCGUUACCUUAACUUCACUUUUGGAUGUCCCCUCGUUAACACCGUGGUUGACAAAUUUACCAUGAAGGUGGUGCUACCCGAGGGAUCAAAAGAUCCUUCUGCUAUCGUUCCUUUCCCUGUUGAGCAACAUCUCGAGACAAGUUACUCAUACCUUGAUGUUGUUGGAAGGACAGUGGUGGUUCUUGAGAAGAAAAAUGUAGUUCCUGAACACGGUAUUCCUUUCCAGGUUUAUUACAACUUCAACCCAAUUUUCAUGCUUGCGGAGCCAUUUAUGUUGGUCUCUGUAUUUUUCCUGUUUUUCGUUGCUUGUGUUACCUACUUACACAUGGAUAUCUCAAUCCGCAAGUUGUAAAAAAAGUUUCGCCACAGGUAAAGUUUGGAGAAACCAUAUUUAGUACAUUUAUCUGGGAAAAACUAGUGGAACAGUGUCGCUUUGUAUAUGGGCGCAUCCCCCUGUAGCUCUCGUUUAGGAUUAAAUCGUAAUUUCCGUAGAAAGGCCAGAUGAGUCUAGAUUUUGUAAGGUACCAUUUUUGGUUAACUUUUCCCAAAUGUUUUGAGAUUUAUUAUAGCAAAAAUGAUAGGUGGUGGUUCUUUAGCUCUUUUCUAUUCUAAUAUCACUUUUUGGCUUUUCACCAUUCAAUCCUGUUAUGAAGAAUUGUGCCUCAGACGCGAUCUGAAAUUGAAAACAAAUUAAUUGUA